CCCCGCCUUUAGUCUCCGUGCCAUCCCUCCUUCUCCCGUCCCUUUUCGCCCGGGCUUGCCACCGCCAGACCCCACGGCCCCGCGGAGCACGGGUCCGGCACGGCGCGGCGCAGCUCCCCCCCGCACAAGGGCCAUUUCCCCAGGAACCGCCGACCGCGCGGCGCCCCUGAUUCGCCGAAGAACUCUACAACUCAAAAGCAAAUGAGUUAUAAAGUAGGCUUACUCUGCUUACACCAUGCUUGAGGAGAAGGAAGGGAUAGGGAAAAGAGAGAGGCAUUCACAAACUCCUAUGGUAUUGGACCAAGACAGUAAAAAAACUCAACAGCACUGAAGCAUUAAGCACAUAUCCAGGAUAAUAUUACUUAAUUAACAAUAAGCUGUUAGUAUAAUUGAACUGUGGUGAAAAUAGAAGUACAGAAACAAAUGGAGGCAGAUAAGGCAUUCAUGGAUGCUGCUCUGAGAUUGCUUUUCUGGUCUGAGUGACUCAACUGGUGUACGUAGAAUACAGGAACAGUCCUCGAGAACAGAAACAAGUGAGUCUUCUACCAUGAAGAAUCCUACUUGGCAGAUGACAUAAAGUCCACCAAGGGAGGUGAUGGCUGAGCUGAGAAGCUUGUGAAGCUUAUAUGAAAUAUCCUAUAGAUAUUUCUGCUGAUGAGUAGUAAGUCAGAUGAAAGAAAUGAGCAUGUCCUAAGAGAGCAAUAGAUCUGGAGUAUGAAUCCGUGUACAGAAGUGAGUUGAUGCCAGAUUUGUUAACAUCUCAGUAGCUUGAUGGCUGUCCCUUAUUCUGUAAAUCAAAGCCAUCUUUCUGCCAAAGCAAUAAGGGGACAGUGCACAAUCUGACUACAGAAUGUUAUUUCUAAAGAAGUGAACUGUGAAGAAAAGACUCAUGAAUUUUGAUCAUAGGGUCUUGGAGAGCAUUUCUGAUGUCUGCUCCACUGAGGACCUCCCUGAGGUAGAAUUGGUGAGCAUGCUAGAAGAACAGUUGCCAGAUUACAAGUUACGAGUGGACUCUCUGUAUCUGUAUGAAAAUCAAGACUGGAUUCAGUCUAACUGCCAUGGCCACCUUCCCAAAAUCUCUUCUCCAGUUCGUGAUGAGGAGACUUUCCGUUACAUGACUCUUAUUGAACUUCCUCCCUCGUCCUUUGCUGGAUCUCACAAAUUUGCACAAGUUUUAGGCACAGAUAAUGUGGAGCAGAAAACCUACAGUGACACUGACGUGGUCAAACAUCUGCUAGCUGAGAAGGACCGGGACCUGGAACUGGCAGCUCGAAUUGGACAAGCCCUGCUUAAGCGAAACCAGCUGUUGACAGAACAGAAUGAAGCACUAGAAGAACAGUUAGGACAAACUCUAGAUCAAGUUAACCAGCUGCAGCAUGAACUAUCGAAGAAGGAUGACCUACUUCGUAUUGUUUCAAUUGCUUCUGAGGAAAGUGAAACAGAUUCCAGCUGUUCUACACCACUUCGUUUCAAUGAGUCUUUCAGUGUAUCACAAGGUCUUUUGCAGCUGGAUAUCUUGCAAGAUAAACUCAGGGAGCUGGAAGAGGAGAACCUUGCUCUCCGAUCGAAGGCUUGCCAUCUGAAGACAGAAACCAUUACGUAUGAAGAGAAGGAACAGCAGCUAGUCAGUGACUGUGUCAAAGAGCUCCGGCAAACAAAUGCUCAAAUUUCCAGAAUAACAGAGGAGUUGUCAGAGAAGAGUGAGGAGCUGGUUCGCUACCAGGAAGAGAUCUCAUCCCUUCUGUCUCAGAUUGUUGAUCUUCAGCAUAAACUCAAAGAACAUGUGAUUGAAAAGGAAGAGCUGAAACUUCACUUACAAGCUUCCAAAGAUGCUCAGAGACAACUGACAGCAGAGCUACAUGAGCUGCAAGAUCGGAAUGCAGAGUGUCUAGGGAUAUUGCAUGAAUCACAAGAAGAAGUGAAGUUGCUGCGCAGCAGAGCCCGCUCUGUUGCUUGUCUCUGCCAUCCCCAGUCAUGUGGAGCAUUUCCUGUGGAUUCCCUUGCAGCAGAAAUUGAAGGGACAAUGCGGAAGGAAUUGAGUCAGGGUGAUGAAUCUCUUCUAUCCAAGCAGAAGGGUCAACAUAAACGAGUAUUCGACACUGUCAAGGUUGCUAAUGUCACUCGUGGACACUCGUCUUCCUUUUCUGUCCCAUUACCAAUUCCUGGUUCUAAUAGGUCAAGUGUUGUUAUGACAGCAAAGCCUUUUCAGUCUGGCUUACAUUCGGAGUGCCACACACAGAUGACCCAGAGGAGCAGCUCUGAGAAGAAUUUGAAGGGCACGCAUAAGUGUGGCCAGCCAGGAACCCCUGGAGACAAUGACUUGGUCACAGCUCUGCACAGGCUCUCCCUCCGUCAUCAGAACUACCUGAGUGAGAAGCAGUUCUUUGAGGAGGAAUGGGAGCGAAAAAUGCAUUUGCUGGCUGAGCAGAAAGAAGGGGCAAGUGGUAGUAAUACACCAACAGAAAGCUGUUUUUCCUUGGGUACAAACUCAGAAUUCACUGAUUUCUCUGCCAGCUCUAGUAACCUCCGUGUCCUCCUACCAGAAAAAUUGCAAAUUGUCAAGCCCAUUGAAGGAUCUCAGACCCUGUUUCACUGGCAGCAGCUUGCUCGACCCAACCUAGGCACCAUUCUGGACCCAAGACCAGGUGUUGUUACAAAAGGUUUUACCCCUCUGACUGAUGAUAGUGUGCACCACAUCUCUGACUUGGAGGAGGAUGAUGAGGAAGAAGGUGAAGGAGGUAUAACAUUUCAAGUGCAACCAUCCUUUCCGGAGAAAAAGAAGUGUGCAGCGUCAAAGCAAGAGUCAGGGAUUUUCCUGUCACCUAUUACUUCAGCAGCAGUACCACUCACUGCCUCAAAUCCUGGAAAAUGUCUAUCUUCAACAAAUUCCACAUUUACCUUUACUACAUGUAGAAUCCUUCACCCAUCUGAUAUCACCCAAGUUACUCCCAGCUCCACGUGUGCCCCAUUUUCACUUGGAAAUAGUGGCAGCAGCACUGGAAAUCCAGUAGUGAGCACUCCAGCCAUGUCUUACAGGCUUAAUAUUGGAGAAUUUCUCACCAACAGAGGAGAUUCAACUACUACCCUCAGCAGCACCAGCAGUCUGGCACAGCUUUUGCAAGAACGAGGCAUCUCUGCCAAGGUUUAUGAUAGCCCCCUAUUAGAAAAACUGCCUUUGCUACAGCCCCCUCAAACAGUCCCUUUCCCUUCUACUCCACCCAAUUCUCCCUCACAUUCACCUUGUCCUUCCCCUUCACCAUUUGAGCCUCGAGUGCAUCACUCAGAAAAUUUCCUGGCUUCCCGACCAGCAGAAACAUUCUUGCAGGAAAUGUAUGGCCUAAAGCCCUCCCGCAACGCUCCAGACAUAGGCCAGCUGAAGAUGAACCUAGUGGACAGGCUGAAGAGGCUGGGUAUUGCCAGGGUGGUUAAGCCCCCUGAGACAGAGGACCACAGGAAGAAUCAGGGGCCAGAGGUUAGCUUGCGGAGGCAGGACUCAGCUGUGUUUUUAAAUGCUGGUAGCAACUUAAUGGCAGGACUGAGAAGAAACCAGAGUCUUCCAGCCAUGAUUGGAGCACUGGGAGCUCCAAUCUGCACACAGUCGUCAAAAAUGGAUAUCCUAAAGGAGGACUGACUGGUAUGGACUUCUAGCAUAGUAAAUAAUACUUGAGGGAUAAACAUCCAGUAUGGGCAUGGUUAGGUGUGUUAUAGAAGAGUUGAAGAAGGCAUGUGCAUGUUAAAAGAUGGGGGAGAGAGAAGUGUUGGGAUCAAGGAAAAAAGAACAAUGCUUAGGUUUGAGGAAGAAGGCUUUGGUGGAAGAUAAGAAAAGAAAGAAGCCAAAGCUUAGUUUUGUGAUCCCUUCAGCAUCUGUCUUAGCUUAAAUAAAAGACCAUUGUAGACAUUCUCAGUAUUUCAACCUUUUAAACUGUAUUUGUAAAACCAUCUUACGGGUGCUGUUCUAUUUUUUCUGCCAUAUGACCAUAGGAUUUUACUAUUUGUUAGCAGUCAGACCAUAUCAUUUAUAUACAAUAUUAAAAUAAUGAUCAGUCUGACCAGCAUCAUUGGUCCAAGUUCUUCUCUAUAGCAAACAAAUGCAAAAACUUGGGACAUUUUUGAUUCUUGUAUUUUUCUAGUUCAGAAACCAUACUCUUUUGAACUCCCCACAUUGAGAAUCAGGUGAGAGAACCUUUAAUUCUAUGUAAGAAAAUAGUACUUAUAUUUAUGAACACCAAAAUAUGUGGUCAGCAUUUGUCUUUUAAGAGUGCAAUUGUGCUAGUGAGGUAUUAACAGAAAUUAAUUUCUUUCCAGAGCUUCUGAAGCAUACAGUGGAAGGUGCAAUGAAUAAGAAUUACGAAGCAGAAAAGUAUAUAUUAGGUGAAAAUUUCAAGCUAAGAAAUCUUUCCGAAGUGUCCCGUGCAUCUUUUUAAAUGAGGGUAUUUUUGCACAUACAAAAAAAUCUCAGGCACAUUUUUAUUUCCUUUUGCAACACUGAAACUAGGUGCUCAAUUCAAUUAUUUCAAUUCUAUUUGAAAUACGCAGAGAGCAUUUACUUAAAUGCUUGAAAAUUCAGUAAUCUGACUCUUCUCUUGACAGGUAGACAUUCUAUACAUUUUAGAGUUUUGCAGUAAACAUCAUGCCUUUCAUUCAGGUAUUUCUGAUUUUAGGCAGGAUUUUGUUUAAAAGAUUUCCUUCAGAGCAAAAUUUACCAUUCUAUAUUCAGAAACAAGAGGUGAAAGCUAGUGUUCUUUGUAGCAUUUUAUGAACACAGAUCAAUUUUAUCUGUUGGAAUCCCGUGUUCCAAUGAUGGAGAGUGGUUCCGAAUCUGCUUUUGAACAGAACUAAGGCAGGCUUUCUGUCCCGAAAGAAAAAUCAUUUGGAGAAAUCUGAUUUCUGAGUGGUAUUCAGUAAAGUGUUAUUGUCCAUGCUGCUUUUUGGUUUCCUUUCUGUUCAAGCUUUUAGUUAUAACUGAAUAAUCUACAAUAGAUUUGUAAGGUAACUUAAAGAAGAAAAAGUAUUUGCCCCAAGUUCUUUGGAGGAAUAGGCUAGUGACCAGAGUGGAAAGGGAUUCUUAAUCUGUAUGUGAUUUUUCACUGUACAUAUUUAAAUGAUUUUAAAGUUUGUUUUCAUACAAUUAGAUAAAACAGUCAACAUUUACCUUGGUUGUUGCAGUGUAUGUGGAACAUAAUGGCUGGUAUCUUUUUGGGUGCAUGGUGUGAAGCAUUGGUAUAAUUACACUGAUUUGCAUUUGGCAUAUGGCACAUCAAAAUAAUCAGCACCGUUUUUGCUUCAGGGUUGAGUGGAAUAGGGUAGGAAAACAAAGCUUCUUAAACUGAUUUAAAUGUGGCCCUUCUGCUUGUACAUCCCUAUAGAUCUUAUGAUGACUCUUUGAUAUAGCAGUCUUUUUUUUUUUUUUUUUUUGUAAAAUUAAAACGAGUAACCACCUCAAACUUGCACAGGGAUUCUCAACAGAAACUUGUCUGUCAGCAGCGCACAGAAAUAUUCAGGAAUUCCUGGAGUUGCCUUUUGCUAUCUAAGCAAAAACUUAAAUUUAUAAAAGGUGAAUUUUAUUUAAAAUACUAUAUAUGGGUUAAUAUUUUUUUUAAUGAAAAGUAUUUACUUCUUUUCUGUAAGUAUUUGUUUGUACUUCCUUAACUGUGCACAGGGUCUUACCUAGCUAAAUAAGGCAAGAAUGAAAGGGCUGGGAGGAGGUAAUGUUGCUCUCCAGUGAACUAAGGAAUGAGUUGACAAAAGGUUAGACAGUUUUGGUAUAAACAGAGAAGUAUAUAAUGUGUCAAAAGCAUGUCCAUUUUAUGUACAUUUAUUAUAGGAAUACAUGUAAGUAAGUGACAGACAAUUUCUAAAGGUAUAUCACUGUGUUUCUAACUAGCUUCAUUAGUUAACUCCAGCCAUUUGAUCACUGUGUGUUAUCAACAUAAACAGCAAAUCAAUUAAAUCAGAAUUCCUUUGGCAGACCAGGUUUCCAUUAAAAUUGAUAUAACAGCACAUUAAUUAAAUGCAUGUUUCUCUUUGGGACACUUCCAUAUUCCAUAGUCUAGCAAUAUAAACUGGUUCAGUUCAAACUGUAUUAUGGAUAUGUCACAAGGUUGUUUGUUUGUCUGUUUUCUGUAGGAUAAUGUAUUCUCAGAUACUUUACACAAGGCAGGAAGAUGAUGAAAGAAUUUGUAUACUGUUGCGUUUAUCUAGUUUUUGAUGCUGUGACACAGUGCUAUUGAAAUUCUGUUGUGCAUUUUGUAUGCAUGUGUCUGGCUUGCAGCAACAGGGAAAGAUUUACCACUUCUUCCAAGUUUACUGCUUUUUGCCAAAACAUAGAAGACAAACUUUUUUUGAAUAGCAUACAUGUUUCUGACAAUAUAUUAAAGUUGCCAUCGUUCUAGGAACUGAUUUGACUUGUUGCCUCUUACAAGAGAUGAAAUGAACUCGCGUGACUAAGGUGACUGAGCUCCUGCAUAAGAUCAUUUUGUCCUGUGCAAAUGUGAUUUGGUUGAGUGAAUUAAUGGAGAAUUGAUGGAGAAAUGCACUUGGCAAAGGUUCUGUUACCUUGCAGGUUUGAGACAAAAAUAGGUGUUACAAAGAAAGGAAUUACCCAUGUUUGUGAAAGUUUCAAGACACUGGGAGAGAAAUUCUUGUAGUUUUUACCUUUACUCAGAUUGGCUUAAACCAAGUACAAUUGUAUAGCUUUCUAGUUUUAUAGACAUACAGCUCAAGUUUCACUGUGUUUGAUAAACUUGGAGGUAACUGCACACUUGAAAUACCUGUGGUUGAUGAAGCCAAAAGUCUACUUUAAGUUAAAGAGCAGCAGAGAGGGAAGGAGAAUGUUAGGUUUGAGCCUCCUUUGACUGUUACACGAGAGGAUUACACACAAUGUUUUCGAAUGGUCUGGGAACUUUUGUUGUUGUUGUUUUGUUUUUGUUUUAUUUUCAUCAGCUUUUUGCACUUACUGUUGUUUCAUAGUGGAAUGUAAAUUUCAUAAUAAACAUGUAUAACGUCAUUUUUCAAUA